AUGGGUGGUGAGCAUGGGUACUCGGUCCGAACUGUCCAGUCUGUCCGUUCGGUCCAUGCUGUCCGCACUGGCUCGUCAACCUCGAUCUCCCGCAGACUGUCGUCGUCGUCGUCAAUGGGUGCGGCCGUGUCUGCCUCGCGCAGGCAGCGUAUUUCUUCCGGGCACGUGGCUCUAGCUGCUGGAAGGGCUAGUGCUCUGGCGACAGGCUCUCCAGCUCUUGCCCGCAGAGUGUACUCAUCGUCGUCGGUGGCAGGCGUCUUGGCUCAGGCCGAUAGGAUCAUGGGCCGUGCUGCUGCUGUUCGCCGCGCGCAGUAUGUGAGCUCGCGGGCGUCAUCGGCUUCACCAAGCGGAUCAGCUGUCUCGUCGGUGGUCUCUCCCGAAUCGAGCUCCGAAGUCGAGCUCGUCAGCGCCGAGGUCUGGGCCUCGGACUCGGUCGAUGUGCUCAAGGCGGAGAUCAGGCGCCUGCAGCAGCUUGUCCGUGAUUCCCGUGCUGCGGCUCGUGCCCACCAGCGGAUUUGUCCAGUUGGUGGCUUUGCUUGGCUUGGCUCCGGAGUCGGCGGUCCUGGCAGCGUGGACGCUGUACUGUUCGAAGAGGACGAUGACGAUGACGAUGACGAUAAUGACGACGACGAUGAUGACGAUUACGAUGAUGAUGAUGAUGAUGAUGAUGAUGAUGAUGACGACGACGACGACGACGAUGACGAUUACGAUGACGACGACGACGACGACCUUGACUCAGAGCUCGAGGCUGCGCUCGCCGGCAUUGUCGAUCCAGAACCGUUUUCUCCGUUGACAGGGCUGCAUAGCAACGCGGAUGCUUAUGACAGCGAUGGUGGGUCAACGAUCUCGGUUGGCGGUGAGUCGUCAGGCUCGAUGUUGGUAAUUGAUCUCGACGACGAGAUGCAGGCAGAGGCUGCGCAGCCGCCGACCGAGCUGGCGGUGGUUAUGGUUGACUCGGUGUACUCGUCGGACGAGGACAUCCGGGUGCUGGACGAAGACGAGGCGGCGGCGUUUGCGCCGCACGUGGUGAGCGAGCCGCAGUCGGCGCCGGUUGCGACAGACCUCGUGAGUGUUCUGGCGCAGUUCUGCGACGGGUCGGCGGUCCCGCUUGAUGCACUGCCGACCAUCUGCACCAUUGUGUGCGGCGGCGAUGCCGACUACGCCGAGCUGCUGGUCGACUCACUGGCCGAGAGCGGCGAGGCUGUGGAUCCAGACGAGCUUGCGGCUGUGCUUGAGGCGCAGGUCACGCCGGACAUCCUUAAUGCACUGAUGGCGCAGGCGGCGGCAGCGACAGGAGUUGGACCCGAGACCAUUGUUUCGCCCCUGCCCGACCAUGACGACACACCGGUCUCACUGGAAGGCGUCCUGGCCCGGUUUGGGAGCAAGAACACCGUCCCGCUCGCUGCGCUGCCGACCAUCUGCACUAUUGUGUGCGGCGGCGACGAGGACUACGCGCAGCUCCUUGUCGACUCGCUGGGCGAAGACGGCGAGCCUGUUGAUCUGCAUGAGCUUGCAGCCGUUCUAGACGCCCAGAUCACGCCGGCCAUUCUUGAUGAGCUUGCACUGGCCGUCACCCGUGGUGUCGGUCCGAUCUCGCACUCUGACCCGGAACUGACUGCUGGCAGCAGAGGCAAGACCAGUGAUGUGGUCGAGCUGGAAGACGCGAGUGACAGUGAUGGCGAUCCUGACAUCAGCACCACCGACGACGAUGACGACGACAAGUCUAGCGCCGAUGAGGACACGGAAGGCGAGUCUUCCAGCAGUGACCUGGUGGAUGUAGUCGACGUGACAUCGGACGACGACGCGGCUCAAGCCGCGGCGGAGGAGUCUCUGACGCUGGAGCAGGUCUUGUGUCGGUUUGCGAAGCGUGAUGGUACGUUUACCCGCGCCGCGCAGCAGACUAUUUGCACCAUUGCGUGCUCUGGCGACGCCGACCACGCCGGGCUUCUCCUCGACUCGCUCGAUAACGACAACGGCGCGAGUGUGGGUGCCACCGAGCUCGCGGUUGUGCUCGCCCCGCAGAUGACGCCACAGCUGCUGGAAGCGCUUGCGGCCAAGGCGGCGUCGCUGCCAACAGAAGCGACGGUGGCGGAUGUGCUCCGCGCCUACGAUCCUCAGAGCAUCGGCUCGUUUGAUGUGGCGACCACGCUCGCGCUGGCGCAGACGAUUCUCGGCGACGAGGGUGGCGACCAACUCGCACAGCAGCUGACGGCGGGGGUCGGCCGGGCCGAUAUUGACGAGCUCUCUCGCGCGCUAGAGGCCCAUGUUGGGCCAGUUGAGCUCGCUGCGCUUGCCCGCAGUGCACCCGUACUGGUGCGGACGCUCUCGACGUCGCCCCACGUCGAGUUUUCGGACGAAGAUUCGGACGACGAGGUCGACGAGGACCGGGCGCGCGAGGCGCAGGUCUCGCGCGACCUGCUUGGCGCGCUGGAGGCGUUUGAUCCGCUCUGCAACGGGCGGCUGGAUGCGAGCGCGAUGGCUAUGGUCCUCGAGGCAGCCAUGCCGGGUGAUGGGGCUGGGCAAGCGCAAGUGGUGGACGCAGUCGGCGAGAAUGCGUCGGUUGUGCAGCUUCACGCCGAGCUGGUGGAGCGGUUAUCGCCCGAGGCAGUGCGACGGAUUUCGGACGCUGCGCCCGAGGCGGAGACGCUGCGCUCAGUGCUGGAACUUGUCGACAUAGGAUCCACUGGCGAGCUAGGCUACGCCGAGUUGCUGGAGCUGACGCGAGUGGUGUGCGACGGCGACGCAGCAGGAGCCAAGAGCCUUGCGCGUAUCAUGAUGCAAGGCGCCGAGACGGUGGCGAUCAACAAGCUGGAGGGGGUGAUGGGCUCUGUUGUGGACGACGAGACGCUGCCGCAUCUGGCGGGCGCUGUGGCUGCGGCGAUGGCGGAGCGUGGACGGCUGAGGGACAUUUUGAACGAGUUUGACUACGAGGGCCGCGGCUCGUUUUCCGGUGACGAGCUCGCCGAGGUGGUGACCGAGCUCGGCAUGACCGAGUCUGAGGCGCAUGUGCUGGUGCAGGAGCACGGCCGGGAGUGGUGCAACUCCUCCGCGACGUAG